GCUUCUUCAAAAAAUACUGCCAAGAAAGAACGAAACAGUGGCAAUAAAUCGCUCAGUUCUUCGACGCCAAGUGUUAAAGACACCAACUUCGCGGAAUACCCGAGGCAUGCAGCGCCAGACUCGGUCUUCAGAUAGUUCAAGAAGUAAAUAUAUGACGUCGCCUCUUUCCUUAGAUAGUAUUCGAAAAGGGAAGAAAAGGGGAAGAGGAGUGGCACAAAAUUCUGGCAGCACCGGUACCAAAGACAAACAAGGAGAUGUUUCCAAAUCAACGAAAACGGAAAAAGCUGCCAGUGGUAAGAAAAGAAAAAAUAUUCAUGAAGAGCUGGAAAUAGGUGUUGUUGAAAAAGUACGAAAGGAUGAAUAUACUAAUGCAAAAAGACAAAAAAUAAUAGCUGCUUCUGACGAAGUAUCAAACGUAACAGACUCGGCUAUACUUCCAUUCUCCGAUACGACAGAGGAUAUGCAAUGUGGCCAAAAAGUAAUUGCAGACACGCAUUCAGAUAACCUUUUCUUGAGACCACCAACACCGAUCAAAGUCAUACGCAAUUCCGAAGCUAAAAUAUUACCUACACCAAGUAGUUUUACUGAUUCUGAAGUAGUAUUCGUACCUCCGCCAGACGCAAAUAAUAAAAAUCAACAGAUUGUUAUAUUAUCCAGUUCAACAGAUGAUGGCUCUCUAUCGUCUCAACAAUCUGCACAGAGUCGUAGAACUCGGGCACUCAAGCAAAAGAAGUCACUGAAGCGUCCUACAACAGACCGCGAGCGAUUAGCUGAAUUGUCUACAACGCCCACAUUCGGUGAACUGUUAGCUAAACAGCAACGUAUACACCGGAAAUCACCUGAUAUAUUUAGUGCAAGCACAGACCUUGGAUUGACUUGUACACAACAACCUGCCGCGGAUGGAAAUGAUGGAGUUGAGUCUUUUAAAGGCUUCAAGAUAUUUGGCUCCGAGGUCAAACAAAUGCAGCAACAGAACGCACACAAUUCCACACACAACGGCAAACAAAAUAAACCAAAAGUCGUGCUGAGUCGGGGCCGAUCGUGCUUGAAUAUUCUUGAAAAAAUGUUUGAUGAUCCCCAUACCGAAGAUGCCACUAAUAAAACACAAAACAAGCAGUCAUCGAAGAAAUCAGUAGACGACAAACUAGUAAAAAGGGCGACGAGACGAAGUCAACCAGUGAUGCCGUCAUUACCAAACACUGCUAAUGCCGCUCAACUGCAGCAAGUACAAAACCAGGACCAAUCUAAGCAAAAGCAAACCGUUAACAGUACCACCACUCAAAUAAUAAGCGGUCCGAUGGUGGACGAGGAAAUAUUUGAAAUUACAAAUAAUGAUGCUUUUGGCAGUGUGAUGCGAAUCAAUUCUAAUGGAGAAAUAUCGCCCGUUCAAACUGCAGCUCGGAGCCAACAACUAACACAGCACAAUAAAAUUACUAAUUAUCUUAUCGGUUCGACCCAACUGACACCAACGGAGACCACUCUGGACGAACGUACGCCCAGCAAACGCGUACAAACGCAGUUUUCAGGGACGCUAGCGCGCAGAUCUCCGAAAAAUAGAUCAACACAAUCGACAAAACUAACCAAAUGGUUUCAGAAAAAUGCUACGCAAAAUGCCUCUCAAUCGAAUGUAGAUCUGCAAGAAAUGCGUGCUAGGAAGCAUACCAGGAGCGCAAUUGCUAAGCGACUUAAAAGACGUUGUCUGGAGCUGUCCUUCAAAAACUGAGAGAAGGAUGCGCUGAGAUGAGAUACGCUGUGUAUAUGAUAAAUCUGCAUGUAUGUAUGCACAUUAAUCAAAUUAACCUGCAUGUAUUUAAACAAUUUAGACAGU